GUUUUGCCUCUGUGUACCGUUGCCUUAUUUUUGAUAUUAGAGAGGCCACAUGCUUCAGCUAAAUCCUGUUUAUAGAAAUGCAAUGAAGGGCUUUCUAGACUUUAAUCUUAUUGAGGCCAAACUGAGGGGAAGCUUUUCUCUCUGUUGGUACUUUUGUCCUGUCACUGGCAGCAAAUGGUUCAUAACCUGUGUCCUUUUUCCUUCUACAGAUCUAAAGAUAUUCUGCAUUUGAAACGCCUGAUUCCACUUAAAACUAAAGACUGGAUCUCCUGAAGGAUAUAAAGGGCAGAAAAGUGAAUGCUGGGUGGACAAAAUGAAUGACUGCGGUCAUUUACAACAAUGAAAGAGGCCAGAUAGUGUUUUAUUUCAAUUUUAUUUGUUUGUUUUUUUUUAUUUAACAGAUUAAUGAUGAAUGCACACUCAGCUCCACAGAUUGUGGUUAACAGGGCAAAUGGCCGGGAGGAAGCAGACUGUGGGGAAGAUGUAGAUUUGCAUACAGAUGAUCAUCUGAUGUCUUUGAAGGCCUUGACAGAGAAACUAAGACUGGAGACCAGGAGGCCCUCCUACCUGGAGUGGCAAGCCCGACUAGAAGCAGAUGACUUGGGAGACUCAGAAAAUGGGGAAGAACCAAUCACAGUUGAGCCCAAAGGGAAAGCAGUUAGGCCCAAGGCGACUGUGAGUGUAGCGGACUCAGAUGUGAUUCAGUGCAAGUUGCCUUCAGGUGGACUGCAGGGAUUUGAAAGCAUUGACGAAGCUCUCACGUGGCUCAGAAGAGAACUGACAGAUAUGCGCCUGCAGGACCAGCAGCUUGCGAGGCAGCUCAUGCGGGUUCGGAGUGACAUCAACAAGCUGAAGAUUGAGCAGGCGUGCCAUCUGCAUCGCCGAAUGCUCAACGAUGCGACCUUCGGCCUCGAGGAACGGGACGAGCUCUCAGACCUGCUGUGCGAAUGCCCGGUCACCCCGGGCCUCGGCCUUUCUGCCCCACUGAGACUUAUCGGAGUGACCAAGAUGAACAUUAACUCACGCCGAUUCUCGCUGUGCUAGUGGUUAUGAUAGCGCUUCAGGCAAAAAUAAUUAAAUAAAUAAACCCUGAAUACAAAACAUUCUUUUAAUACAAACUUUGCAGUUUUUGAACUAAUGUAAAGCAGCCUCAGGCAUGUUUCUGUCUUUUAAAACCAUAUCAGUACUGAUUACAUUAAGUAGUAUCAUCUGCUUUCUUGGACUUUCAUGAUUUCUAUCCAUAGGACAAGAUUUAUCACGCACAGAUCUGAUAUUUAAAAUGGUUUUAUUUAAUUCAGAUCUCUGGAGGACAUUUUCAGCAGACAAUAAUUUUGUUUCUAUCCUGUAACUUACCCCGAAUGUUUUUUUUUUUUUGUUUGUUUUGUUUUCAAAAAGAUGCCUUAAUAUUAUUCAGAUUGUGCACUCUAUGGCCGCUGCCUUUUUUUUUUUGAUUUAGCAAGUGGUUAUGUGGAGUGAGCAGCUUUUGUUUGUAGAAUAUCAUGGAUGUAAUUGCUUAUUCUUUAUAAUGAUUGUCAAAUUGCACUCAUUUCUGAGCUUAGUCUUGCACACCUGACUGGAGCUUUGCCCUUUGCUCUUAUAGUAACCAUGUCAGUUGCUCUUGUGUGUCUGAAACAGAAACAUGCUUUGUUUUCA